CGCGCGCGCAGCCCGCAACCCACUUCCUCUUCCAGCGACGCACUUCCGCUUAUGUGGGCGUGUCAGGACGCAUAUCCUUCGUCUCCGCCCCCAGGGCGGAGCCUGGUCCGGUCGUGGUUGGGAAUGAACGCUUUGGUGAGACGCGGAGUGGCCCGUGUGGGCAUCCCCUGUAUUUGGAGAGGGAAAUGCUUCAGCUCCGGGAAUGAGCCGGCAGAAAGCAACCGGGUGACGCCGAUGCUGCGGCAUCUUAUGUAUAAAAUAAAGUCUACAGGCCCCAUCUCUGUGGCCGAGUACAUGAAGGAGGUUUUGACCAACCCAGCCAAGGGAUAUUAUGUGCAUCAUGAUAUGCUUGGAGAAAAAGGAGACUUCAUUACUUCACCCGAAAUAAGUCAAAUCUUUGGGGAGCUACUGGGGAUAUGGUUCGUUAGUGAAUGGAUGACCUCUGGGAAAAGCACUGCUUUCCAGCUGGUGGAGCUGGGUCCAGGCCGGGGUACUCUCGCUGGAGAUAUUUUGAGGGUGUUCAGUCAGCUUGGGUCUGUGCUAAAAACCUGUGACAUUUCGAUACACCUAGUAGAGGUGAGCCAAAAAUUAAGUGAGAUUCAAGCAUUGACACUGACUGAGGAGAAGCUCCCUUUGGAGAGAGAUGCUGAAUCCCUGGUAUACAUGAAAGGGGUCACCAAGUCUGGGAUUCCAAUCUCCUGGUACCGAGAUCUGAAGGAUGUUCCUAAAGGAUACAGCUUUUAUCUCGCACAUGAGUUUUUUGAUGCUCUUCCCGUGCAUAAAUUUCAGAAAACACCACAAGGAUGGAGAGAAGUGCUUGUUGAUAUCGACCCACAAGUUUCUGAUAAGCUGAGGUUUGUCUUGGCACCUUGUGCAACCCCAGCAGAAGCCUUCAUACAACAUGAUGAACGAAGGGACCAUGUGGAAGUAUGUCCUGACGCUGGGAUUAUUAUACAGGAACUUUCUGAACGAAUUGCAUUAGCUGGAGGCGCUGCCCUGAUUGCCGACUACGGCCAUGAUGGAACAAAGACAGACACCUUCAGAGGCUUUUGUGGACACCAGCUUCAUGAUGUCUUAAUUGCUCCUGGAACAGCUGACCUGACAGCUGAUGUGGAUUUCAGUUACCUGCGCAGAAUGGCACAAGGGAAAGUAGCCUCUCUGGGUCCUGUAGAGCAACGGACAUUUUUAAAAAACAUGGGCAUUGAUGUUCGGCUGAAGACUCAGUGGUAACUGUCAACACCGACAUUCCAGACUGCUAGACGUUCACACAUGCCAAUCUUCACAGCCACACCGAGGAAGGCAGAGGCAGUGAUUUAUGCUCUCCAUUCUAAAGACUGAGAAACUAAAUGCUUAGACAAAUUGUCUCCUGCCCAGCCCAAGAGAGCUAAAAAGUAAGAAGCCAAGACUCAUACCCAGGUUCUCUGACUCCAGGUCUUUGCUCUUAGCACAGAAAAGAACAACAUUAAAAACCUAUUCUUGGUGACUAAAGAGGAAAUGAAGAAACAAACAGCUACUGUAUUUCCUACAAGAGGUUGGUCCUGGAUCCUUUUCUUUGGGUAAAGCACAGACUGGAACAUUACUGAUGUGAAACUGGGAAGAUGCCUAGGAACUCCAAUCUAGAUUUUAGAGGAUUUCAGACUUAUAAACCAGGGAUGCUCAGCCAGUGGAGCACACAGAUCUUUCAGUAUGUGGAAAGCUGAAACCCUUCUGGUGUUCAACUGUUCAGAUUAGGGAUACUGAACUAUAUUAACCACUACAAAAACAGCUGACUGCUGGAGCUGAAGUGCAAUACAUUCUUACCCUUCCUUCAUCUGCUGUGUUGGUAACAUGGUUCCACCCUGAUAAACUGAACUUACAUGUCUGACUUCAACACACUCCCCCUAACUGCUCAAAAUAAAAUGCUAAUUUAAAAAUUGUA